UAGAAUCGGAAGUAAGAGGUAAAAAAAAAACAACAACAACAACAACAACCCACCAGCGCGCGGAAGAAAAAAGCACGGGCUUUCCGUCAUUUUUUGACAUUUCGGAAACAAACCGAGGAGUCCGUCCACUCCCCGAGCGCAGGACCUGCAUCGUGGCUCUCUCAGAAGUGGCAUGUUCCAGGGAGACUGCGGACAAUAUUGAACUCCUGCUUUCACCCAAAGAGGAUUCAAUGAAAAUGUCCGUGUGUGUCCAUGAGAACCGGAAAUCUAGAGCCAGCACUGGCUCUAUGAACAUCUACCUGUUCCACAAGUCCUCCUAUGCCGACAGUGUCCUCAUGCACCUCAACUCACUGAGGCAGCAAAGGCUUUUCACGGAUGUCCUGCUUCAUGCCGGCAGCCGCUCCUUCCCUUGCCACCGUGCCGUGCUGGCCGCCUGCAGCCGCUACUUUGAGGCCAUGUUCAGUGGUGGACUGAGGGAGAGCCAGGCCAGCGAGGUCAACUUCCAUGACUCCAUCCACCCGGAGGUUUUAGAGCUCCUGCUGGAUUAUGCGUACUCAUCACGUGUGGUCAUCAACGAGGAGAACGCAGAGUCACUGCUGGAAGCCGGGGACAUGUUGGAGUUUCAGGACAUCCGUGAUGCGUGUGCUGAAUUCCUAGAGAGAAACCUUCACCCGUCUAACUGUCUCGGCAUGCUGUUGCUGUCUGAUGCCCAUCAGUGUACCAAGCUGUCAGAGCUCUCCUGGGGCAUGUGCCUCAGCAACUUCCCUGCUAUUUGCAAGACAGAGGACUUCCUCCAAUUGCCCAAAGAUAUGGUGGUGCAGCUCUUGUCACACGAGGAGCUGGAGACCGAGGAUGAGAGACUGGUUUAUGAAGCUGCCCUUAACUGGAUCAACUAUGACCUAGAAAGGAGGCACAACCACCUUCCAGAGCUUCUGAGAACGGUCCGCCUUGCUCUGCUGCCUGCCAUCUUUCUGAUGGAGAACGUUUCAACAGAAGAGUUGAUCAAUGCCCAGGCCAAGAGCAAGGAGCUUGUUGACGAAGCUAUCCGCUGUAAGCUGAAGAUCCUGCAGAAUGAUGGGGUUGUUAACAGCCCAUGUGCUCGACCAAGAAAAACCAGCCAUGCUCUGUUUCUUCUAGGAGGGCAGACUUUCAUGUGUGACAAGUUGUACCUGGUAGACCAGAAGGCCAAAGAGAUUAUCCCCAAAGCUGACAUACCCAGCCCGAGGAAGGAGUUCAGUGCAUGCGCCAUAGGCUGUAAGGUCUACAUCACCGGUGGACGAGGCUCAGAGAACGGUGUGUCUAAAGAUGUUUGGGUCUACGACACUGUCCAUGAGGAAUGGUCCAAAGCAGCGCCAAUGCUCAUCGCCAGGUUUGGCCAUGGCUCUGCAGAGCUAAAACACUGCCUCUACGUGGUCGGAGGUCACACUGCAGCGACUGGCUGCCUCCCAGCAUCACCAUCGGUGUCACUCAAACAGGUGGAGCAGUUUGACCCAGUAGCAAACAAGUGGACCAUGGUGGCUCCUUUGAGAGAAGGCGUGAGCAACGCAGCAGUGGUCAGCGUCAAGCUCAAGCUGUUCGCCUUUGGAGGAACCAGUGUCACCCACGACAAGCUGCCCAAGGUGCAGUGCUACGAUCCGCAGGAGAACCGAUGGACUGUGCCUGCGUCCUGCCCACAACCAUGGCGCUACACAGCUGCCGCCGUGCUGGGAAACCAGAUCUUUGUCAUGGGUGGGGAUACAGAGUUCUCAGCAUGCUCGGCUUAUAAAUUCAGCAGCGAGAGCUAUCAGUGGACUAAAGUGGGCGACGUGACAGCCAAACGGAUGAGCUGCCAGGCUGUAGCGUCUGGGAACAAACUGUAUGUGGUGGGUGGAUACUUUGGCACACAGCGGUGUAAAACUCUGGACUGCUAUGACCCAACGUUGGAUGCCUGGAACAGCAUCACUACUGUGCCGUACUCGCUCAUUCCCACUGCUUUCGUCAGCACCUGGAAACAUCUGCCUGCUUGAGCCACAAACUGUCAACCUACACCAUUUUCAUAAGAUGUACCCAUUUUUGCAUCAUCCACUGGACUCCAACUGUGAAGAAGCACACAUCCUCUUCCUCUGAAGGAGACAUUUGAGCAGUGAUGUACAGGCACACCUACGUUCAUUUUUGAUGCCGCGACGACGCAGGGAGCAGAGCUGGACACUUCACCCGAAUGAUGUCAUGUCUUUUUACUGAGAGGGAAGAUGGGACAUACUGUACAGAAACUCAUGCAAACAAACCAAACCAACUGCUGCUUGUUAUGUGAGGCGCAAACCUUGUCUACAUCUCCAGCAUAUCGGGCUUUCGUGCUGCCAUAUGAGGACUGCAAACGUUGUACGCAACUUGCAUUUUCCCCAUUGUAGUCAUGGCAGGCUUGUGAGGCUCUGUAUUAAUGCCUUUAUCCUCUAUAAUAAUAAUAGAAAAAAAAAGCUUUUUUUUAUGGUGACUGCGAUGUAGAGCAUGAUGAAUGUCCCAUUUUGAUUGAGAGAGGGAGAACGCAGUGAUUGGUGUGCCAAAGAACAGGACGAAAACUCAGUUUUUACUGAACACAGCUGAUCCACAAAGGCACAAUGAAGGAGCAAAUAUCCCCGUCUGUCUUUUCUGAUUUUCUUUCUUUUUCUUUUUUUUUCUUCUUUUCCUGCAAACGCGUGCUUGUUUACAGCUCAUGCACAGAAGCAAAAAGCUCUUGAGCGUUCCUCUCAUGAAGGCUUUGGCCGUUUGCUGUCACUGCAAGCCGCGAGGUGUUGACGACCAACACCAGCUGAAGUUGAGGAGGACGGAGGGAAACUGUCGCACGGCCCGGGUUGGGAUUGGUGUGAGAUGAA